GCUACUGGCCUCUUUACAGCGAAACGCUAUCACGUUCACGCCAAAGUGAACUCGUUCGUGUGUGCCAUCGCUAGGCUAUUGAAAAAAAUAGUAAUAAAAAUAAAAUUCGAUUUUAAGAUUGUACCGUCAUUCGAAGUGUUUUCUAGUACGAUCCUUCCGGGUGCUGUGAGAAUUUCAGAGAGAGAUAUUUCAUUUAAAACUUCAAUAUUGGAAACCCAAUAUUGGGGAUGAAGGCAAAGAGCCAUUGAAAAGGCGAUUGCAUUUAUGUUUGUAUUCUUUUUGUGGUCGAUGGAUGAAUGAUAGGAUUAGAAGAACAUCGAUUAUGAUCGUUCUUUGACACUGGCAACAGCUGCGGGAAAAGUGGCAAGUGAUCAAACGGCCUUAACCCUGGAAAUCCUGUGUCUGCCGCAGCAGCUGCUGACUGGUUGUCGCAAGCAAAUCUAUCGCGCUCAACAUGUGACGGGCCAGCAAAAGGCGAGAAAAUUGGCCGUUUCACGUAGUACCUGCACGGCGGCCCUGACGGACGCUGUAAACAUUCUGCGCGUCCACUAUACGUCCAAAGUGAGAAAGAGGAAAUUGAAAGAAUACGACGAGAGCGACGUCUUGUUUAUUGACUAGACGGGCACACACACGCGUGAACACACACAAAAUCUAGUGACAUGUCAGUGUGUUAAAAGUAAAUUUAACCUUCUUCCCAAAAAAAAAAGAAAAAAAGUGCGGGCUUUCCAGUUGGAAAGGAAAGAAAGAAACUUGAACCAACGUAAAAAACGGAAAAUAUGUUUAAAGCGAGUAAAAGUGCGCUACCACCGGAGGCGAGACUCAAGAAAGUUACACUGGUGGUAACAUUUGCUUUCACCUGGAUUACCUACUGUAUGGCGCAAGGAAAGCCUUCUUUCACAAUCAGAGAUCCCAUGACUCUGGUAUGGCGGAGUGCUGAUGGAUUGAAUCCGGACGGCAGCUCGCCAGCCAGUCAGCCGUGGUCGUCGCCUAAUGCAAUGCAGUUCCCGACAAGAACACACGAGACCAUCUUACGGAAUGAAUGGAACGCUGAUGCGCUACGCACUGUCAAACGGAUGAAACGUAGUCACGAUGCGAAAAUCAUAAAUCUUCAGCUGCCUGCAGAGAAGGUGGUCGGAGAGGUCUCUGGAGUUGAAUUCGGUGGCGAAAUUCUUCCCUCAGCUACGCUGCCCAUCAGCAAACCAUACUUCGAAGCCACUUGGCCGACCAACGUUUCUGUCAUUCUUGGACAGCCGGUUGUUCUCAAGUGCCGGACGAGGCUCCUAGGCGACCGAAUGUUAUCUUGGAUCCGCCAGAGAGAUCUUCACGUUCUGACGUCAGCAUUGGUGAGCUAUACGAGUGACGGCCGUUUCAGCGUUCAUCACCAGUCAACUAGCGAUGAUUGGGAACUACGAAUUUCGACCGUUCAAGCCCGCGAUGCUGGUUUCUAUGAGUGUCAAGUCAACACAGAGCCCAAAAUCAACUGGCCAGUUCAUCUCCAAGUUCAUACUGGACAGGCACAAAUAGCCGGGCCAUCCGAAGUACACGUCCGGCAAGGUAGCACAUUAUCGCUGACAUGCACGUUACGUGGAGCCAUCAAUGGACCAGACUCAAAUCUUACCUGGUAUCACGAUGACCAACUAGUGUCGUUAGAAACAGCGCGUGGAUCGUUAUCAUUGGCCACUGAGCGAAGUGAACAAUUCAUUUCAUCUCGAUUCCUUUUGCCUCGCGCCUCAGCUUCCGAUGGCGGCAAUUACACUUGCCGGCCGUCUGACGCUUUGCCGGUUUCAGUUCUCGUCCAUGUUCUAAGUGGAGAACAUCCAGCGGCGAUGCAACACGGCAAUCGGAGCGGUGGAGGGGGUUCCUGCUUACCUAACACGGCCCAGGUCAUGUCAAUAUUAUGCCUGACGUAUUGGACUCUGCAUUGGCUCGGAAAUAUCCAAUUUUUCACGGCAAGAUGAUCGACCUAUUGCACAACAUUUCAUCUGGAAUCGUACGGAAUGUGUAUCAAGAAUCCGUGUCGCUUUCGUGGACGACAACAAAACCAAGAGACAUUUAUAAAACUAGAACCUACAACUUUUUCUGAUCGUCCUUUUUUUUUUUGUCUUCAUUUCUGUGCUAGUGUUCAAAAAGGAUAAUAUUCAACUGUUUAUAUGAUGGAUCGAACACACAAAGAAAAAUAUGAUGUAGUACGGAAUGCGAAGAGGAUUUGUCUUCUGGUGAAGAAUUUUGUAUUUUUGAUUUAUUUUUUUGUUGUGAUUCUAUCUAGUUUUAUUCUUUUAAUGCAAAUUCAUGUUUUUGAGAUGAGCGUAAUACACCCCAAGAUGUAUCUAUCA